UUUUUCUUGCCCAUGAAUACUUGGACUGCAGCCCAAAAUCGUCGAUUUGGACCUCGCUGCAACCCAAAUGCAUCCGAUUGCGAGUCAACUGGGGACAAGUCGUGCGGUACUCAUGUCAGAUACAUAACCAUGGUACCAUAUCGCUAAUUUAUGCCUGUGGACCUCAGACCCACGAUCCAGUUGCGGAUCACACCCACGCAUGCUCCAUCUGAAUCCGAGGUCCCGCCGUGUCCAAAACGAGGCACCGAGUCAUAUACAUCCGGUUCUUGUGCGCAGCAUCAGCAUGCUGUGGACUGGCGCUAUAAGUAGGCUGACUGGUGCUGGAUGGGGGCGUCGCCGUUCUCACCAGGCGCGUGUAUUGAGAGCUUCCAUUUCCAGUAUUCAGAAAUUCCGUAGCAGCGCUUGGGUCGGGGGAUACCUCAUCACCUUCUGGCCAUCCAGACUGACUAGAACGCACUGUGUCAUCUCUUCAGGAUAUAUCAGGG